CUUCCUUUCCCCUUUUUAUUUUCUAAGAUAAAGCGGAUGCCAUGGGGAAGAACAAGAAUGCGACCAAGGCACUAACCCAGGAAGAAAUCUGGGACGACUCUGCGCUCGUACAAAGUUGGGACGAAGCAGUAGAAGAAUACAAGCUCUACCAUAGCAUUCAUGCCAAAGGGGAAAAUGUUGAAGAUGUACUGAGGGAUGCUCAGGACGCCGAAAAUGGAAAAGUAGUUCCAGAGGAUGGUCAAGGAGUGGUCGACCAAGAUGACCACAUGGAGGCCGAUGUUGAAGAGCCGGCGAUCGAUACAGUAGCGGCUUCCUCUGAGGCUCAGCACAUACCACAGGCGGAUGUUUUGCAAAACGCAGGUAGCCCAGAGGUUCCUGUUCAGAGAACGAAUGACCCAGCUGGGCCCGGUGUUAUGGGAUCUGCCAUGCCUCAGACAUUGUUAUCGCAAGUCCAAGAUGAAGGACUGAAGAAUCUUAUGAUGUCCUGGUACUUUGCAGGAUAUUACACUGGUCUUUACGAAGGGCAACAGAGAGCAAGCCAAAAUAAGAGUUCAUGACUUAUCUCUCGCUACAAAUGAUAGGCACUUACUGCCUCACUAUUAAUACAAGAGGUGACAUGAACCGCCACUGCACCUAACUAUGCCCUCGGAGACGAGUAUUCUAGAUGCUGCGGUCAGUUGGUCUUCUGACUGAGCCACUGGGCUAGGGAAUAGAUUGGGUCAUCAACUGGAAGCCAGCCUUAUACGCGUGUCUUCAGAACCAUCUUCAUAUAUCAAUCGUUCGCCCGUGGGCUGAUGUUCAAGGCAAUGAUUUCUCGCAUAUUAGCCCUAAUUGGGCACAAUGGGGAUAUAGCAGAAUUCCAAGAAUAACCCCUGCAGGCAAGGAGUGCAUCAACACAUUAAUCAGACAGAUUUUAAGAUACUCAAACACAUUAUUAU